AGAGGGAGGAAAACUAAGCAUUAACAGUAUACCACUGCCUGAAAGUACCUAAAACAUGCCUGUUAAAAAUCAACGAAGGAAAUAAAUGAUUACUGAACGAGCCCCCAGCUAAAUGUUCUUUAGAAGGACUGCAGGCUCACAUCAGUAGACUGUAAAGGACUGUCAUCCUUGUCUUGACCUUUCUUGCUUUUUUGGCUGAAUUUAAUUGAAUAAACAUCAGAUUUUUAUGACCUUUUGCAGCGCAUUUAUAUAGGUAGGGGACUAAGCUUAUGACUGAUUCAUGAGAUGAUUUUCAGUGGCGACAGGCAUUGCAGAGUCCUGAGGAUGCAUAUUUUGUUUCUUUAGCUUCAGUGGUGGAUGAAGAUUGAAUAUGUGUCAAUCCUGACUUUUGGAUUUUCUGUUCAGCGUUGACAUUAUCGUCAUGUGCUACACCCAGAGUUAAAGUUUAACCAAUUGUAUCACCAGUGUGCUGUGAUUCAGCACCUGUUUGAAUAUAGGUCUGCUUAGCACUUCAGUGUUGCAACAGUAUGUUGACAAAGUUGCCCUCUCCAGUUUUCUCAUGAAGUUGUUUCACAAUCGUGUUUGCUCUUUGUUCAUCAUUAGAUUCAGUCAAAACCUCCAAUACCUUAUACCUCUAAAUAUCCUUAUUUGACUUUUUUGUUCUGGUAAGCUAACUGCAGUGAAAUUACAGAUCAAACAGGUUAACGCCUUCUGGUUUCUGUAAAACACUAGCUUGGCAUGCAGCCAGCUUGUAUUUGAGUCAUCAGGUCAGUUGCUGUGUCUCCCCUCCCCCCUCCUCAGGUUUAUGAUUAACUCGGUCAAACAAAUGCUCUACUUGUCACAGGUCACACACGGUACACCUGUGUGCUUGGUUACCUCCAACAGCAAGUUUAACAUUUUUGUGGUGCUCUUGUGAGAUUUCUACCUGUUAAUGAUUAGUGUGGGUUUUUUUUCUUUCUGUUUUUAGUUCAACUUGAUUAAAAUACUGUAUCCUUGCAGGUUCAAUUAAUUCAUGUUUUCUUUUUAGAUGACAGUACAUUGGAUAAGUGGCAGGUGUUUGUUCUUUCCUUAAAGUUGUAAAUGUCACCUGUGUUUCAGUGUUAAUGCAUGCCAGUGCUUUGUACUCGUUGUGCGACCUGCAUUUUCUACCCUGGUGUUUGAACAAACUCCAAGCCGUUUCUAUCACUUACAGUAUGUCUCUGACUACAGUAUCUGGCUUCAACCGUUUUCACUAUAACUCUGCAUCUAUCUUCCUCUCUUCUUCGUUCUGUGAUAAUGACUGUUUUGAUGUUUUCCAGUCAGGGUUUCGACCACCCCGCAGCACUGAGACUGCUCUUGAUAAGGUCUUCAAUGACAUCCACGUAAACACAAACACUGGCAGAAUUUCAGUCUUGGUAUAAUUGAAACUUGUCUAUGCAUUUAUGUUCAGUACUGUAACAGUGUCUUUACAGGUCUCUCUAAAAUAAAUCGAUCAAGCAACUGCAGCUGAUUCAGAAUGCUGCUGCUCGAGUCCUCCCUAAGACCAAAAAAGUGGAUCACUCCAGUCCUGAGCACUGCAGGAAGUUAAGAGCUCACACACACAUAACAGGGAGCCCCUCCUCCAUACCGGUCAGGCAGGAUUCAGACAGAAACCAGGUAUGGAGGAGCUAACAAUAUGGGAGCAACAUACAAUAACACUAAACAAAGAUUCCAAACUGGGGUUUGGCUUUGCCAUAUCAGGAGGCAAGGACAAGCCUCACCCAGACACUGGGGACACAACUGUGGUGGUGUCCGAUGUGCUGCCAAAUGGACCAGCCAUGGGACGACUGUUCACCAAAGACCAAAUUGUCAUGGUCAAUGGCGUGUCUAUGGAGAAUGUUUACUCUAACUACACCAUUCAGACCCUCAAGUCAUGUGGCAAAACUGCGAAUGUAACAAUAAAACGCCCUCGCAAGAUACAGAUCCCAGCAACCUCCAGACCGUCUCGGGCAGCCUCCCAAUCCAACCUGCUGGACCAGGACCCUCCCAGGCUAAUGCGACGCUACUCUGACGGCAGCGACAACCGAGAUAGCAACCGCUACCGUUCUACGCCCGAAGGUAACGGGUAUGGAAACACGCUACCGCUGAUGUCGACGGGGUACAAGAAGCUGCCACGUCAGGACGUUGCGGAAAAACCCAUCAAAACUACCCUAAUUAAAAAGAAAAUCACAGAUGAGUAUGGAUUGAAGCUUGGCAGUCAGAUCUUCAUCAAGCACAUGACUGAAACAGGCCUGGCUGCAAAGGAAGGAACGCUGCAGGAGGGAGACCUCAUUCUCAAGAUCAAUGGCAUGACGACAGAGAAUCUCUCCCUGCUGGAGACCAAGCACCUGGUGGAGAAGAGCAGGGGCAAACUGACCAUGACUGUCCUCAGGGACAACCGCAAGUUCCUGGUCAGCAUCCCAGAGGUGGAGGACAGCGCCCCCAACAGCGAGGACGACCACCGCCAAGACAGCAGCUCUGAACUGGAGGACAUUUCAGACAUUGACAUUCCCACUCACAGAACGUCUCGUCAACCCACCAGAGAGAAACGGACACGCAGAAUGAGAGCUGACCCUCCUCCGGCCAAGUCUCGGGAUUCAUCACCAGUGCGCUCCACCUUGUCUCGGCCUCCUGCAAAAACCUACGCCCCUCGCAGAGCUCCGUCUGAGUCGGAGUCAGACCACAGUGCCUCUCCUCCUCCUGUCAGGCGAAGCAGUCCGGACAGGGAUCCUUCCAGCAAAUACAAAACUCUGUCUGGUGUGUCUACCCUCCCCGACCCCCGAUCCUCUCCUAUGGUCCAAAACUGGAGCACCUCCCGCCCCACCACCUCCGCCACCUCACGGCCUCGUAAGCCGGUGUCAGAGUCGGACUCUGACCGCAGCGCUUCCCCUCCACCGCGCAGAGAGAGCCCUCGCCAAGACGGCAGAUACAAAGUUCUUCCUGAUGUGCCCCACACACUGAGAGGCUCCCCCAUCACUGUUCGCCAGGAUCCACCAAGGAGGGUCAACUCUCCUGUCAGAGUCCCAUCCCAAGACUCUGAGUCCGAGUCGGACGGCAGCUUGGCGCCUCCUCAGAGGCAGAGCACCACUUACAGUCAGGACUCCCUCAGCAGAUACAGAGUCUUGCCAGAAGUGGCCGUAGAGCCGCCGCCGUGGAGCGUCACUGCCAGCGUCACUGCCAGCAAUCCGCCACAGAAAGCUCGUUCUGAGUCUGAGUCGGAGGCUAGUUACGAAUCUCCCCCUCGCAGACACUCUACAGACAGCGCAGACUACAACACGGCCAACAGUCGAUACAGAGUCCUGCCUGAGGUCAGAUCCACUUCAGUCGCUGUGAAGCAGGAGCCUCCACGUCGUGUCCCAUCACCCAUCAGACCAUCUCCUGAUGAUUCCUCCGAGUCAGACCAGCUCUCACAUCUCAGGAGGUCUGGGAGCUCUGAGCGUGGGGACAGCCGCCGCGGUGUCCCUCGUGCGGCUAAUGGAACUGGCACCCUCAGGUCUGGGAUUUCAGUGACGAGCAACCCACCGCUCUACUCCAAACCUGCAGAGGAGCCCCUCUACUCUCUGCCUCCAGAUUCUUACCCAUCAGCUAAUCCAGGGUACAGCUCAGACCUUCACACAGUGUCGUUUGUGAAGGACGGCAGCGUGGGCCUGAGGCUUGUGGGGGGGAACGAUGUUGGUAUAUUUGUAGGCGGAGUUCAGCCGAACAGCCCUGCGUAUGACGAGGGAAUGAAAGAGGGAGACCAGAUCAUGCAGGUAAAUAAAGUUGAUUUUGCUCAUUUCACACGAGAGGAGGCAGCCAACUUCCUCCUGAACAUCAAGAAUGGAGAGCGGGUUGAAAUCUGCACUCAGACAAAGAUGGACAUUUAUAAGAAGAUCAUCAAGUCCAACCUAGCAGACAACUUCUACAUCCGCACCCACUUUGACCACGAGGCAGAAGGCCGCAUUGGUCUGAGCUUCACCAGAGGAGAGGUGUUCAGGGUGUUGGACACGAUGCACCGCGGGAAGCUGGGCAGCUGGCUGGUUGCCCGCAUGGGGAACGACCUGCGUGAGAUGGACAAAGGCACCAUCCCCAACCAGGCCAGGGCUGAGACACUGGCCAGCAUAGAGCAGGCACAGCGGGCGAGUGGAGAGAGGCAGGUGCCGGGACAGAGGGCUGAGUUCUGGAAACUACGGGGGCUCAGAGGGAACAAAAAGAAUGAAAAGAACGUCCGUCGGACUCGUGAUGACCUGCUGCAGCUCACCAUUCAGGGCAAAUUCCCGGCCUAUGAGAGAGUCCUGCUCAGAGAAGCUAAUUUCAAACGACCCAUUGUCAUUCUGGGUCCUCUUAAUGACAUUGCCAUGGAGAAGCUGGCCAGAGAGAUGCCUGAUGAAUAUGAAGUGGCAGACAUGGUCCCUCGCAGUGGAGGAGGAGACGGCUCCUCCACAGUUAUUAAACUGGACACAGUGAGGAGAAUAGCGGAGAAGGACAAGCACCCUCUUCUGGACAUCACUCCCACUGCAGUAGAAAGGCUGAGCUACAUCCAGUACCACCCAAUGGUCCUGUUCUUGGACCCUCACAGCCGCAAGGACGUCAAGGUCAUGAGGCAGAAGUACAGCCCACACUCCAACAAGAGCUCCAGACGCCUUUACACACAGGCCCUCAAGCUGAGGAAACACUGCAGCCACCUUUUCGCAGCACGUAUUGACCUGCAGCCCAACUCCAAUGUUUGGUACGAGAGUCUAAAGGAUAAGAUCCGCCACCAGCAGUCAAAGCCGGUCUGGGUGUCUGAAGUCAAGUUGGAGAGUGGUGGAGAACAGGACUUAGAUGCUCUGGACCAAAACCAGUCCGACUACCUCAGUGCUGCCAGUGACCUGGAGGACACUGAUGGAGAGGCCUUCACCGAUGGAGAGGCCUACACCGACAACGAGGACCUGGAGGAGGCUUACCCCGGUCAGAACGCAGCCAAGCCCCCCAGGGGCUCCAGGCUAACUGGAGCUGCCUUAGCCCGAUCAUCUGAGCCCGCCUCUGGGCUCGACAGCCCCACCAUGGACUCCAUGGAGCCUCACGCCGACUUGUACUCACUCAAAGAGGUUCCACCGUUGUUGCACGUACCUGAGCCCAGGUCACCCCGCCAGGAGAAUUACAGCCCACCCCACAGUGCUGAUGAAGAGGAGGACCACUCUCAGCGCAGUUUUACAGACUCUGAUUUCGGUGCCCUUGAUGUAAUUCCACCCGCCUCUCCGUCAGACGGACCCCCAGACUUUGUAGCCCCCAAUCCCUAUACUCAGCCCUCUGUGGACAAUACUUACGAGGUGCCGCCUGAGAGCCCACCACAUGCUAGCCUGUCUACUAUUGAGGAGAAAUUACAACAGGCUCGCUCUGCAGAGCCACAGGCACAAGCUGAGGAAAAGAAGGGCCCUCAGUUCAUCGUGCUCGCACACCAUCACCAAGCAGUCCAGUUCAGACGCACACAGAUCCAAGGCAGCGACAGCUCUGAGGAUGAAGUGGACGAGGAGGAGGACUUUGAAUGGGGUCCUGCAACAGAACUCUAAAGUUUGCGUCGAGGAUUAAAGCUGGAGGCUACUGAUCUAACGAGGAUUUUUGCCUGCAGAUGUUGGUCGGCCUACGCUAAGGGCCUUGUUCAGAUGUGAGACAUUGGAUAUUCAAGAGUUAUACAACCUUUUUAACAGAUUACUACUAAACAUUUUAACAUCCCAAAGAAAGGUUGUCACAUGAAUGUUGGGAUUAAAGUGCCUGAUUUCUUUUCAUACUUUAUUUAAGUAACUCCAUGUUGAACAGAUCGAUUUGCCAUUUUGUUAGUGCUAUUGUAUGUAACAUAUCAACAAAUAAUAGUUUAAUUGGAAAUUAUACUAAAUGAGUCUCUUAAAUAUGCAAGAACAUUUAUUAAAUGUGUGGAUGCCCUUUUUAACUUUUUCUACAUUAAAACUGUUUCCUGAUUUCAAACGUGGGUUUGUUCAAUCAUACAAAACGGCAAAAACUUAUAAAUGUCUUUAAAGGCU